UGCCAGCGGAGCAAAUCGAGGGCCCCUACAUGGACGCGGCACGGUUGCACCUUAAGCGAUAUGUCCUUCGGCAAAAGCAGAUGAAGCAGGUGCUGAAACGGAGCACAGUUUACCGCAAGUGGGACGCACAGGGCGGCUGCGUCAGAGUGAACUCGCGUGCCUACAAGUACCACGUGCUCACAAAGCCGUGGCUGCCGUCGUAUGCGCAGCGAACCGUGUUUCGACCGCACUCACACAAGAAGCUGAACCUCUGGCUCAGUCAGAAACGGCGCAAGGUGCGACAACCCAAACCAAGAGCACGGCCCAAGACGGCACGGCAACCCAAGCCCAAAGCAGCACGACAACCCAAGCCCAAGCCCAGGCCCAAGGCGACACGACAGCCCAAGCCCAAGCCCAAGCCCAAGCCCAAGCCCAAGCCCACGCCACCAAAGACAGUGGUGAUCGACUAUGUCAUCUCUUCGGACUCAUCUGAUGACGAUGAUGGCCGGGCUCGUGACACUGGCAACAACGGCCGUGGUGGUGAUGGUGGUGGUGAUAAGGGUGGUGAUAAGGGUGGUGAUGGUACCCAUGGCGGUGCUGUUGCCGGUGAUGGAGACGACGGCGCGGCAAACAAGUAA